AUGCGUCGGUCAAUCUCUCUCCUGGCAGCCUGCCUCGUCUCCUUUGGCUUGGCGGCGCCGCUAGACCAAGAUUCCAAGCUCGGAGACGUGGAUAUCCUCAACUAUGCCUUGACCUUGGAGUUCCUGGAGUCCAAGUUCUACAGCGAAGGUUUGAGUAACUUUACCGAAGCGAACUUUCUCGACGCCGGAUUCUCCAAGGAGUUCUACAAAAACCUCAAGGGCAUUAGCCAGGACGAGAAGGACCAUGUCGCGUUCCUCUCGACGGCUCUCGGCGACAAGGCCAUCAAGGAGCCGUCCUUUGCCUUCCCCGUCAAGGAUGCCGCCUCGUUUGUCGGUCUCUCGAGCGUCCUCGAGGGCGUCGGCGUCUCCGCCUACCUGGGUGCCGCGCCGGCCAUCACCAACAAGGACUAUCUGACGGCCGCUGGCUCCAUCCUGACCGUCGAGGCCCGGCAUGCUUCGUACAUUAGGGCAGCCCUCAAGCAGAAGCCGUUCCCGGCCGCCUUUGAUACUCCGCUCGGCUUCAACCAGGUCUUCUCCCUGGCCGCCCAGUUCGUCACGGGCUUUGCCGAGGGCACCAAGGUCCCCUUCAAGCCCUUCCCCAAGCUCACCGCCGUGCCCUCGAGCGGAGACAAGUUCUGCGCCGGCAAGGGCUCGGUCACGUUCAAGGACGCCCAGGGCGAGAACAAGCCGGAUAAGGUGUAUGCCGUCUUCUACUCUGGCCUCGAGACCUAUUACGUCCAAGUCACGAACUCUGGGGACAAGGAUUACACUGCCUCGAUCCCAGGCCCCGACUUUGCCACGAAGGGCCAGUCUGCUCCCAAGGGCCAGACGUACGUCGUCCUGAGCACCGCUGACGGUAAGGACACCAAGGCCAAUGAUGAGAACAUCAUUGCCGGAGUGGGCAUCCUGGAGAUUGGCUGCUAG